AAUGAAUGGGCGGCCGGCAACGGCAACAGCAACAGCUGAUUGAUGUUGAGUUUGGCGUUUGACCGGCAGAUCACACCGUGCUUGGCCUGUGCCGUCGUCGAUCGUGAUAAUUUGCUGCGGGGAAAAAUACCAAACAAGAAGAGAGAAAACUCUUUGAGAAAGAAUAACGAAAGAGGAUUCAAAGGAAAGACUCCCUGUGUAGGGCCUUAGUGAUAAUACCAGCAAAAAUUUCGCUUUUCUCGACGUCAUUUCAAGGCGCGGGCGUUGAAUCAUAGCGGCCUCAAGUUUGUUCAUUUAUUUUUGGGUGAUAUCAAAGCAUGAUAAUCAGGGUUCAAGAAAGAUUUGCAAGAUGCCACGGUUCAUUGAUGAUUCAUCAGAAUUCCCUGGUGCACAGCUUCCGCAUCAAAGAAGUUCAAUUGAGUCAGAAGAUGACCUCCUCAGCAGUGUGGAUGUGGCUGAGGUGGUUGAUCAACCUGGAGAAGAUUUGCUGAGUACUGCUGCAGUUUUACGAUAUUGCAAAUUCAGAAUUUUAAGACCCUACACACGUCUCCUAGCUGCUAUGGGCCUAAGACCAUUAACUUUAGAGCCAACAGAGUCUCGUUGUCUUAGCAUCUUGGGUCACCUCCAUUUGAUUCAAGCGUUGGCAUUUAUGUGUAUGGGAUACCUGUUGCAGUACAUGAGCUGCUUUCGGAGAGAUCGAGGCUUUUGUUAUAAAGCUAAGCCCACUUUUGCACGAUCAGUUGCUGAUGUAGUGAAGUCUCAUGAUCAGGUAUGCUAUGGCAGUCUGGUGUUCAGUUAUGUGCUUCCAAGCCUCCUCCACCUGGCGGGCUAUGUCUAUGCUUUAUGGCUGUUUCGAAUUCGUGAAAAUGAGCAACUACAGAAUCUUAUGGAGAGGGCAUUUCUUCUGUCAUCUGGUCCCAACAAUGGUCCAUCUAGCCAACGAUAUUUGGUACGCAUACUGUGGCUCUUUAUUGGCCUUAGCAUUGUUUGGGUUGGAUUAUCCCUUGUUGCGGUCACCAUCAUGAUGCUGGAUGGAUCUGUGAUAUUCCAAUGGUUAGAACACAGUGUGCUCUUUUUUGACAGUCCCUUAGAGCUUAAGUAUGCUCUGACUGUUCUGCUUCUGUUCUCUACUCUGUGGCAUGAUAUGGUGCAAGCAACAAUAACAGCAAGUUAUUGCCUUCAAAGCCAACUUUUAACAUCACAUCUCUAUUUCCUACGGAAGAAGCUUUUACAACACAAUUUGCAGCCUUUGGAUUUUAUGAGGGAAAUAAAUGAGUUUCAAAAUUUACUUGAGUAUUUGAAUGAAGAAUUGGCACCUGCUGUAUGCAUUUUCACAGUUGUCAAUUUGUCGUGGGCCUCUGCAGGUCUAAUCUGGAUUUUCAAUUAUGACUCUGUAGACAAGGAAACUCACCCCAUUGUUGUUGUUAGUGUCCUUAAUGUCAUAUUGUGGAUUCUUGCAUCUGUAGCUCCAUUCAUUCAGGCUGCUCGUUUGACAUCUGCUUGUGAGAAUACAAAACGCCUAGGACAUGACGUUCGUGUUCGUCCUUUUGUCUACUUAGACGCACCCAAUGAAGACUUGGACGCUGUGCUUUUAUUCACAUCCUCUCUUCACAUGCAAGCUAAGCUCUUUCAGGUGCCAAUCUGCGGCCGGCAUCUAUGUUUAUUAUUAGCGGGUACUGGUAUUACCAUUUUAACUUUAGGGCAAUGUCAUGUGUUUCAAUAAGACUUCAGUUUGUGCUAAAAAACAAAAUUUCAAGUCAAAACACCUUACAAGUUUUUUUUAAGUUGAUUUUAAGUAUGUUUUAGUGUUAAAUUUGAUAAGACUGUUUCUUCUUUAAAAGAGAUUUAAGAAAUUGAAUCAAUUGUGUGAUAAGUAGUUUUUAGUGAUACUUGUUAUUUGUACUGCUUACAAUGUUGUGUGUUUAUUAUUUCUAGAUCUGUGAUGUUAUUAUAGAAAUGUUGUAUCAA